CCCGACCGCCGCACAAUCACUCCACCUGACAAUUUUACAUUAUCACUCCACCCAACAAUUUUACCGUUGCAAUGCCUACCCUUCAUCGCAAUCACAGUAUCGCCUCUACUGUAAGCGAUCGUUCGCCAGCGCAGUACGAAAGUUUCGAGGCACCUUAUAAGUCUUCUACUGUCAGGCCAGCGGGAUACAACCGGAGGCUAUCUUCGAGAAGGAGCCAAGGCUCCUCCCGAGGCCUCGGUCUCGAUUAUCCUUAUGCUGACGGGGUUGCAACUCCCAGUCGGUCUCCCAGCCUCAGCCUCUCCUGCGCCUCACUGCCCCCGGACUCGCCUGCGAGUACUAUCUUUGGAAGUGGAAGUUUCAGGCGUGGCUCUACGCAGUCUAAUAUCUCUUCUGCUUCGACCGACUACUCCAGGCGUGGUUCUACUCAGUUCAAUCUCUCACAAUCGACUUCUCACGACUUUUGGAACGCUUUCUUCAACUCCGUAGCUGUGAAUAAAUUUGGUCCAGAGUUUACCAACGCUCGACUCGUCUACGACGCGUUGGUGAAGGAAUUUCCCAAUGGCUUACCAACGCACGAAUCUUGUAUGACCAGAGGCCCGGAUCACGUCGAAGAUUACGAGGAAUUUAUUCGGAGCUCGUUCUGGUGUUGUCGAAACUGCUUUCCGUUGAAGUCGUUCAGUUUGCAAGCUCUUCACAACUCACCGUUGAUCACGAUGGAAGCGGUAGAUUGCGGGCCAGGUGGAAUUGCGGACUACGCCGUGACUUUGGACAACUUGGGUGGGAAGCGUUAUUGGGCCAUGACACAUCCAGAAGUCUGCCCCUGCGGCGGCGUUGUUUAGCAACACCGGGUCUGCUGUUGGUCUGCUGUGAUUUUGUCGCAGCGUUACGCUCGUCGCGGGUCUUUUUUUCUCUCAUCUCCAUGCAAACCUACGGAUUUUACCAUCUGAGGUACAUGACCGAGGCUACAAUAAUUGGUCAUGUAUUAUCUUCUUUGAACGUUGUGCAACCCUUUGUAAAUCU